AUGGUCUCACUGUUACAGAAAUGGAAAGGUGCUGUCAAAGGGUCUGUCCGGGUACAAAAAUUUCGCAGUACUGUGAAAGUUGAAUCACAAACAAACAAGAGCACAAUUCAGUUCCCUCCACCACCACCAGAUAAGAAACUUGUACAACAAGUCAUUUCUCAUUUCAGUGAUGCAAUUCAGCCACAGCAACAUCAUGAGACUGGCUGUGCAGUGUGUGGUUUGCUCACACCAUUGACAAAGAUG